AUGGCGGCUCUGGUAGCGCGGCUCUGCCGGGCCCCCGGAACUGCCGCCGGGCCCCGCUGCCUCCUCCGAGCCGGCUGCGCCCGCCCCGCCGCCGCGCUCGCUGUCCCGACCCACGGCGCCCCCGGAUCGCCGCUGGGCCUUGCGGGGAGCGGGAGGCGGCCGCUGAGCUUCUCCGCGGCGGGGCUGGUGAGCUCGGCCCCCGGCCCCCUGCAGCCCUACCUGCGGCUCAUGAGGCUGGACAAGCCCAUCGGAACGUGGCUGUUGUAUUUGCCAUGCACAUGGAGUAUAGGCUUGGCAGCAGAGCCGGGCUGUUUUCCAGACUGGUAUAUGCUGUCACUCUUUGGUACUGGAGCGGUCCUGAUGCGUGGAGCAGGCUGUACAAUUAAUGACAUGUGGGAUCGGGACUAUGACAAAAAGGUUUUAAGAACAGCAAGUCGACCAAUAGCUGUUGGAGAUAUCUCAACUUUUCAGUCCUUCGUUUUUCUUGGGGGACAGCUUAGCUUGGCUUUGUGUGUCCUUCUGUGUCUAAAUUACUAUAGUAUUGCCCUAGGAGCAGCCUCUCUGUCUCUUGUGAUCACUUAUCCCCUGAUGAAGAGAAUCACGUAUUGGCCACAGUUGGUUUUGGGACUUACAUUUAAUUGGGGAGCCUUACUUGGGUGGUCUGCCAUCAAAGGUUCAUGUGAUUGGUCGGUGUGUUUGCCUCUGUACUUCUCUGGAGUUAUGUGGACGUUGAUAUAUGACACCAUCUAUGCACAUCAGGAUAAAAGAGAUGACAUGGUCAUUGGUGUGAAAUCAACAGCACUACGGUUCAAUGAAAACACAAAGCAGUGGCUCAGUGGCUUCAGUGUCGCAAUGCUCGCGGGUCUGAGUGUGGUAGGAAUAAACUGUGAUCAGACUUUCCUCUAUUACACAGCUGUGGCUGCCAUCGGUGCUCACUUAGCUCAUCAGAUUUACACUUUGGACAUACACAAACCUGAAGACUGUUGGAAGAAGUUUACCUCUAACCGCACAAUCGGACUUCUACUUUUCAUAGGGAUUAUAACUGGAAAUUUAUGGAAAAGAAAAAAUCCCAAAGAAAUGAAUGCAAUCAGCACUGAUAUUUAGUCUUUAUUUAAAAAAAAAAAAAAAAACUGUAUUCAAAAGUAAAAGCACCUUAUCCGCAACUGCUACUAGUUUCGCUUAAUUCAAAUAUUUGGCCAAAGAGUCUAUUUUUAAGAAGAUACUUUAGCAAACAGAAUUAUUGUUAGUGUGUGCCUUGUAAAUACACUUUAAAGACUGAACUAGCAGUGGUCUUGACAACUAAGCUUCUCAGCUGCUUGUGGUGAUCUUUUAUUGUAAAAUCCCUGUCCUCCCUCUUGCAAGGAAUCUUUUGUAAAAUGUUGACUACUGCCCUGGCAGUCUGUAAAACUCUCAGUAGGUUUCUUAGAGUCAUGGUUUGUGUGAAAAUGUAGUCAUUUUGUAAUGUAAAAUAAAACCUGAUGUGUGAAGUUUUCAUGGUUUGAUUUUUGCAGUAGUUUUUUGCAUGAAAUAUUUAGCUCCAGUAAAUCGUUUUUUAUCCUGCCAAGUUUAGAAGCAUUUAUAUUUUGGUUCUGGGUAAUAAGUAGAAGAAUGACUUGCCUGUCUGAUUGGCUGGCUAUGAUUCCAAGCCAGGUGGAAAUGCUUUGCUGGAAUCUAUUCAUGGGCCUCAAUUUUUUACCUUUUUUAAAUCCCUUUUGAAAACAAACUUCUGCAGCAUUGCUUACAAAAAGUGAGCUGAUCUGCCAAGAAUUAGUGAUUGAAAUAUGGGCUAUAUAUAAAAACAAACCCAAAAUAGCCCAGGACUAUUAAAAAGCAUACGUAGCCGUUAAAGUUGUUUGAUGUUGCAAAUCUAAUCAUGUCUUACUUUCACUCCUUUGUGUUUAUUACCCUUCAAGAUUGUAAGAUUUCCAGAGGAAGGACUUGUCUU